UCAAUGGCGAGGGAAGGAAUUGCGGUAGUGUGCUUGUCGACACUGGCAUAGCGCAGAUGUAUAUCAGAACGGAGAAAGGUGCUUCGAUGCCAACCAUCGUCAUUCCUAAUCCCAACCCAAACGGUCAUGCGAAGAUGGUGAAGCGCGUGAAGCCAGGUACCAAGAUCAUCGUUGGCUUUCCAUCCCUUGACCAGCCAGCCAUGUCUUACUCGUUCACCGUUGGCGAAAAAUCAGCCAUUGAGCCCAAUUAUGUCUUCCCUCAACUACCCAGUCAUUCGCCCUAUAUCAACACGGGGAGAAACUUGUUGUUCCGCUAUUCGAUAGCCUUUGAUGCGGUAGGAGGGCGAUUCGGAUUUCGAUCGGUUGGCAAUUCUGCCACGGCUUCUGUAUUGUAGCCUGCGAAUUGCAAAUGAAUUAACAGACCAAAUUUGAACCAGCAUGAUU